UCUGGACGUUCUGGACGUUCUGGACGGAGAGCGCACGUGUAUUGACGGGGCAGGGCUACACCACUUCAACUGCAGCACAGUCAUCACCCAACCAUGGCAGCCAUGAAGACCAUCUGCUUACCACCAUCGGCCAACUGGUACAGCGCCAGUGCCGUGGCCUCGGAUGGUGACUCACUGGUGGUCAGCUGCGCGCGCUGCUCGGUGGUGGUGUGGAGCUGGCACGCGGCGCCAGAUGGCGCUCCGCCAGCGCUCCGCUGUCACGGCGUUAUCUGGGACGCGCACCGCGAGCGGGCCACGAGCGCGCUGGUGUGGCGGCCGGCUGACUCCGCUGACGUGCACGUGGUCACCGGCGGCGAAGACGGCCUGCUCAAGCUGUGGCGGUGCACCUUCACUGAGGAGGACAGCACUUUCCAGGCCCACUGCGAGAAGCAGCACAAUGGGCAUAAGCUGAAGGUGGUGGCCGUAGACCACGCGGCGCGCUCGCGGCACGUGGCCGUGUCGGUGGACGAGCGCGGCUCGUUCGUCGUCUGGGACACGGUGGCACACACCACGCGCACGCUCUUCCUGGAGCGUCUGGCACCCACUGACCUGCGCUGCUCACCGCACACCGAGCACGUGGUGGCCGUGGCCGGGCGGCGCGGCGCCCUCUGGACGGUUUCACUGGCAGCCGGCGGCCGAAUUCUACAGAAGAUGCGCGGCCACGACGAGGACGUGACCUCGAUCAGCUGGUGCCCCGAGCUCAACACGCUGCUCUCCUUCGAGCAGGAUCACCUGCUGGCGGUGUGGGGCACGCGUGGCGGCCGCUGUCACGUGACCCAGCGCGUGACGGCGCCGGAGGGGUCGCGCCGCGCCCCCUCCGGCGAGCGGACCUGGCUGAGCGUGCUGUGGAGCUCUGCCGACUGCCUCUACAGCAGCGGACUGGCAGGCCAGCUGCUACGCUGGCGGCUAACGGAUGAGAGUGACAACUGCCAGGUGGUGCAUCGGCUCCACGGCAGCACCCUGUUCAACCUGGUGCGGCUGGGGCAGAUGGUGGUGAGCAGCGGUAUCGAGCGCCAGCUGGUGGCGCACGAUCCGCGCUCGCUGCUCACCAGCGCCGUGCCCUCGCUGGGCGGACACGUCAACGCGCUGCACUGCUGCCCCGUCGACCCCGGCAGGGUCGCCGUCGGGUGCGGUGACAGUACGAUCCGGGUCUGGAACCUGGGCGCCGACUGCUCCUACAGCGUCACGUCCAUCUGGCAGGCCGUCAAGGCCAGCGUGCUGACGGUGGCCUGGCACCCGUCCAAGGACACGCGGCUGGCCUUCGGCACGGCGGAGGGCCGCGUGGGCGUGUGCGACCCGGCGUCGAGCCGGCCGCCGCAGCUCUGUCCGGACCACCACGCCGGGGCCGUUUACAGCGUCACGUGGGGGCCGACCGGCGCGCUCUUCUCGCUGUCGCUGGGUGACUCUGCCUGUCCGGACCUGCUGCAGCCGGCCGUGACGCUGAGCGGCCACCGGUCCAAGGUGCUGGACCUGGCCUGGUCGCCGCACACCACCGGCCGGCUCAUCUCCGCCUCCCAGGACGCCUCCAUCAGGGUGUGGGACACGAGCCAGGGCGCGCUGCUGGCCGUCGGCGGCGACGACAGCGCCCUCCACCUGUGGAGCGUCGAUCGGCAGGGCACCGCCCUGCCCGAGAAAGUCAUGUAG